AUUUCUGCUUGCUGCUGCUUCCAUUCACAUAUGGUGGAGCUUCCUAUCCUCCUCAUUCUACCUCUCUUCUAGAUUUCAACCGUACGUACUCCCACUCCUAUCUUUCUCCCCACCCAACUUUCGGUUUCAUUUAGAUUCUCCUCAUCCUUCUCCUCACCUUGCUUUCUUUUUCAGUUGUUCAUAAUUUUUUGUACUUUUUACCCGCCAUUUUUUGAACACACCUACAUUUUUUUGUUUCUCUCCCUUUUCUUUCUUUCACUCUAAACAUUUUUAUAUCGACAUACAUAAACACAUACAUACAUACAUACAUACAUAUAAAACUCAUCUAUCACUCAAUACAGAUUUUACUCUCACUUUCUCAAACCUUCACACCCACAAAUUCUCCCUCUCUUUAUUUUUUUACAUAUUCCUCCCCUUUCCAUCCUCCUCUUCCUCCUGUAUUUCUCGCAAUCCCUCCUGUCCCCCCCCACUCACACUUUGUCUUACGCUCUCACUACUGUCUUCAGUUAACUUUAUUCUGCUGUAAGCAUCACUCGUUCCUUUCUCACCACAUUGAUGGAGGAUGUGAGGGCGACUCACCUGCAUUGGAAGAUCUCGCAAGACAGAGCAAUUUGCAGAGCAAACAGGAAGUGCAGCUGUUUACAGAGGCAAGUGGAGGACGAAGAAGAAGAAAGAGAUAAAGAAGAAGCUACACCAGCAGCAGACUGUCCGUCCUCUCAGCUUUUAGGACACUUCAUAUUUCAGAGUCGCAUCCCACAACAGAUGACAACAACAAUAACAAGAAUAGCCUCCGCAACAACAUAAACAGCUGCAAUCAUAAAACCAAGUAAAAGUAACGUUGACGACGACGACGAUAACAACAACAACAACCGUUUCUGUAUUAGCCAAAUAAUAAUACUAAUAAACUCUGAGAACCUUUCUUCCACUCACACAAACCAAUAAAAGAGAUAUCUAUUUACACAAAGAUCUUAAGCUGGCGCAACUACAAUUCGAACCUAGUUCUGCAUUCUAAACAAAUAGUCAAAUAACCGAACGGAACAGAACAACAUCAACACUUGAUAACUAAAGCCACCCCUCAAAAGGUGCAAUAGUGUGCAAUAUCACGGCAAGCAUCAUGCAUUUGGGGUGCACUAGCGGAGUUUGGUGUAGGUACCCGUUGGUGGUCAGCCGUAACCAGCGUGGAUGUAAGAUGCUGCUGUUCAGCUUCUGGUUCGGCCUUACAGUUCUCCAGUCAAUGGACACGGCACAUGGUUACUACACGCUGCCGUUGGAUACGGCUAAUCAAUUCAACGGUGAAUAUCUGGACCAGGUCAACAAUCAGAACUACCACACAGAUGGUACAGUAAUUCCAAAACACAUUCAUAAAACACAUUCCAGUCACUUAAAACUACUGAAACUAAAAAGUUCAGAUUUUAAAGACCCCACAUCAUGGCAUAACCCUACUAUUCUAGAUAACGACAGGAAUAGCAACCAAGCUUGGAUCAGACCUAACCUGCAGUCAAAUAUAGAACAAGUGGCGAAAACAAACUCUCAACAGAGAACACUGCAUUUACAAGGGAACGAGGAUCAGAUUAAAACAGUAGGCAGUUCAUAUAAACAACGGCAGCCUGAAAGCAAGAACCCUUUAAAGCUGUUUGAUGGAGAUUGGUCACAAAACAAGAAUCACCACAGCGCAUAUAUACUAAGUAUUCAUAGAAAUAACAAUGAAAUCGGUAAAGAGAUUCUGCAUCCAUACAGAUCUGGAGACUCAAGUGUGAGUACCCAGAAACAGAAUGUUACUUCGAAAAACCCCAGUGCUGAAAAACAUAAACAGAAAGUUGAUGAAUCAGGAUAUAUUCCAAUGCAUGAUAUUUACUUCAUCGCGAUUAUAGCCGCGUGCAGUGUGGCUGGAUUUGUGGGCAUCAUUGUAGCUGCAGUUUGUUGGUACAAGUUACAGGCCAAUGUGAAAGCCAGUUCAGGUGUUGAUUACCCAGCCUAUGGUGUGACUGGCCCCAACAAAGAACGCCUGCCCUCCCCUGGAGACCGCAAGCUUGCACAGAGUGCACAAAUGUAUCACUAUCAACACCAGAAGCAACAAAUGAUUGCACUUGAAAAAGCCAAUGGAGAAAUGAAGCAUGAUGCAUCUGACGAUGAAUCUGAAGAUGAUAAUGAAGAAGGAGACUACACUGUCUAUGAAUGUCCUGGAUUGGCACCCACUGGAGAGAUGGAAGUGAAAAACCCACUUUUCAGUGAUGAAUCCUCCACUUUCCCUCGGACCAACUCACUUGGUAAUGGAUCGGCUAUUCAUCAGAUGGCUACAGUUAAGGAUGAUGAUUAACAAUGACGCUGAUGCCAAUAUGAGCUGACAAUUUAGAAAUAUUCAACACCUGGCAAAAAUAUACAUAUACACACACACACUCACACAUAUACGUGUGUAUAUGUAUAUAUACAUCUGUAUGUAUCUAUUUAUAUACAAAUAUAUAUAUAUACAUAUGUGUAUACACACAUAAUUAUGAAUGUAUAAGUAUAUAUAUAUAUAUAUAUACACACACACACAUACAUGCAUACAUACAUAUAUACAUAUACACAACCAUACAUAUAGAUAUACAUACAUACAUGCAUACACACACACAGAUGUAUAUGUAUAUUGCGCUUUUGAAUUUUUAUUUUUGUUGUUAAAUCCACCAACAUAAACAUUUUCAUUGUUGUUGUUAUUUUUCCAACCUCCUACCCCUCUACUGGACUCUCAGUCUGCAUACCACCCCCAUUCCCUACUAAAAAAAAAAAAAGAAUACCAAACUUCUUCCUUCUUCUCCUCUGUCUAUUUUCCUUCUCUAUCAGUUUUAUCUUCAGAAUCUGCUAGAAGCCAGUCUCUUCCAUGAUACCACUGCUUCUUCCUUUUUCUCUUACAAUUUUGGUGUUUUUUUUUUUUCACUGUCAGAGCAGACAGCUCUCCUGGGGCACCUGCAAACAGCAGAGAACUAACUAUGGCACUAGAGCUGUGUUGUUACAGCCCUAUAGCUGGUAACUUGUCCAGUAGACAGCUGUCCACAGAUAUCUAUUAUUUUCAAGAGAAAUUCUUCCAAUUACUCUCAAAUUUUAUCAAUAUCUACCUGUAUAUUUAGGUGUGUAUGUUUGUGUGUAUAUGUGUAUUUAGAUGUACAAACGCAUCCACACAUAAACUUGUGCGUUGUGUGUGUGUCUACAUGCAGAUACACUCAAACAUGUUUGUUAACAUAUAGAUAUGUAUAUAAUCAUUAUACUAUAAUAUAUAAUUUUUU